AUGGACGAACCUACUCGCUCCAAGUAUGCUUUGAGCAGCUCUGAGGUUGCGUUCCCAAGAGGUGGGGCCUCGGUCUUGACACCAUUGGAGUUAAAAACCAUCUCCAACAAGGCCACCGAGGAUGUUCUCUUUGAGCAGGGCAAAGGCUUGAAGAGAAACGCUCCAGAAUCUGCGGAUGUACCCAAGAAGAAGAAGAAAAGCAAAAAGAAGAAGUCUAUAGAUCAAGAAGAAGAGAUCACCGAAAAAGAAAUCGAGAUCGAACACUUUUCCUUCAAAAACUUAUUACCUGGGUCAUCAGUAUUGGGUCAGAUUGUGAGAAUCGACAAGAUGGACCUCACAGUCGCCAUUGGUGACAAUCUCUUUGGACAUGUAUCAAUCACAAAUAUUAGCGAAGAAAUUUCCGAGAUGAUCGAGAGAUACGAAAACGCCAUGGAAGACUCAAGUGACGAAGAAAGUGAUGAUGAAGAUAAGACUCAGGGCCUCAGUUUCAAGCCAGAGAUGCCCAAGUUAGAUCAGAUUUUCACGAUCGGCCAGUGGGUGCGUGCUGCUGUGCUACCUAAUGAAGAGUCAAACAAGAAAAUCAGUCUUUCCAUCGAGCCUUCUGUCGUGAACGAAGGUAUCGAAGAAGAUGAUUUGACACCAGGUAAUUUCAUUCAAGGUUCUGUGAAGUCUAUUGAGGACCAUGGUCUUGUUCUUACAACCGGAAUCGACAAAUUUGUUGGCUUUAUGUCCAAGAAGGAGUUGAAGAAGGCAGAACUAGACAUUUCAUCAAUGCAAACUGGUCAGGUCAUCCUUUCAGCCAUCGUCAGCUCGUCAUCUAGAACAAUCACCUUGAGACCUGGCUCGAACGAACAGGUCAACAAAAAGACAGUUGUUUCAGUUAUCAGCUCCAUUGAUGCAGUGCACCCUGGUGCAAUUGUCAACGCCACCGUUACCGAGGUCUCCGAUCACGGUGUUGCUGCCAGAGUGUUUGGUAUGGUGGAUGCCUCCUUCUCAUUACCACAUGCUGAGGACUAUAAUCUCGAGAAGCUAAAAAACCACUUUGCAGUUGGUGCGACAGUAAGAGCCAGAAUAAUUGGUACUGUUUUUUGCGAGGGGGCUAAAAAGUUCAUCUUAUCCAAAGCCAAUCGAAUUCUCUCGUUGCAACCAACUCUUAACAAAGAUCCACUAACGGCGUUUCCCAUCGGCUUCAUCUUCGAAGAGGGAGUAACUGUGGCCGGCGCAGACAAGGAAUAUAUUUAUGUGGAUCUUGGAAGCUCCUUCGGUGAGGUUCACAAAUCAAAUAUCGAUCCCGAUUUGGAUAUACAUAAGCAUUAUUAUGUUGGUUCCAAGCAUAGAGCGCGUGUGUUAGGUUUCAAUGAGAUUGAUGACGUACUCAUAUUGACUUUCAAACCGAAGGCAAUCGAUUCUCAAUUUGUCUCCACAGACGACAUACCUGUCGGAGAGCUUGUCGCCGCUGCCGAAAUUACUAGUAUACUUCCUGAUGCUAAGGGUAUUGUUCUCAAGGUUUUUGGUGACUUUGAGGCGUUCGUUCCACCAACACACAUCUCUGAUUCGAGAAUGAUGUACCCUGAAAGAAAGUUUAGAACUGGCAGUAAAGUUAAAACAAGAAUCUUGGCAAAAGCCGGCAAAAAGCUUUUUGCAACUCUUAGAAAGAGUCUUGUCAACAUGGACGAAGACACGAUUUUGAAGGAUUUUGAGUCUCUUGAUGUUGGCUUCAAAAGCACAGCUAUUGUUGAAAAGUUCAUAGGUUCCGGUGUCUUGGUUUCUUUCUUCGGCAAUAUGAAAGCAUACCUACCAAAAAACGAGAUUUCGGAAACGUUUGUCCAGAACGCUAGUGAAUACCUUAAGGAAGGACAAGCAGUUAACGUCAGAGUCCUUAAUUUCAACCAGCUAGACAAUAAAAUCACAGUUACGUUGCGCCAGUCUGCUGAAUUGACCAGCAAUCAAAUGAAGCACCUCGAGGAUGUGGAAGUUGGAAAGACCAUCAUUGAAGCCUUCAUAGUGGAAAAGAAGAAGGAUGCGAUAAUAGUUGAAUUGGAGGGAUCUAAUUUAAGAGGUGUUGUCUCUUCAGAGCAUUUGUCUGAUGGCGGCUACGAUGAAUGCCGUCAAGUUCACAAGUCUCUUAAUGUCGGAGAAAAAUUGGAGAUCUUGAUCCUUGAGAAAGACUACAAGGCUAGAGCUGUUAUUGCCACUGCCAAACAAUCGCUUCUACACGCAGCCAGGGUUGGAUUAUUUCCUGCAAGCUAUGAAGAAGUCCAUCUUGGAACUGUCAUUCCUGGAUUUGUCAAAUCAGUCACAAGCAUGGGAAUAUUUGUUAGCUUUGGUGGAAAACUUACUGGUCUCGUUUUGGCGAAGAACGCCUCUAAUGAUUCAUCACAAGAUUUAUCUUCGAAAUUCUAUAAGAAUCAGAGUGUUGCAUGUAAUGUUAUCAGGACUGACGAUGAGAAUCGGAGAUUCUAUCUUGCGUUUAGUGGAGUCAGUGAUAAGGGUUUGAAGAAGCUCCACAUAAAAAAUCCAGUUGACACAACCAAACUCAAAGCUUCCGAUUACUCAGUUGGCUCCAGAACCCAGGGGGUGGUAGCCUCCGUUGAGAAUGGAUACAUCAAUGUCAAGCUUGCGGACAACUUGUACGGUCGUCUCGAAGCUUCUCAGGUGUUCCCUACGUGGAAUUCCAUCAAAAACAAACAAAACCCGCUUUCUGAGUUCAAAGAAGGCGAUAGAAUUGAUGCAAAAAUCAUCGGUUACUUUGAUGAGAGCAGCCAGAAAUACUCUCCCGUGUCAACUUUCUCCACGUCUACGAUAAUUGAAUUGUCAAUUCUCCCUAAGGAGCUCAAGAGCAAAACACCCUACAAGACCCCAGUUUUUGAUGAUGUGAGGGUGGGUGGUGAGUAUAUUGUUUUUUUGCAAUCAUUUGAUCAUGGAGUUGCCCAUGUCUCAUUUUCACCGGGUCUCGAUGGUCGAAUCUCGCUUUAUAACCUUUCCAGCGAGAUUUCACUUUACGAAGAUUUCAUUGCUUCCUUCCCUAUAGGAUGUGCCAUCAGGGCGACAGUGAUCAGUCUCGACUUUGAGCAUCAUGUCGUGGAAUUUAGUGGGAACAAUAAGGCAGUGACGUCUAUUGAGGACCUCAAACCCAUGGAGAGGUACCCAGCUAAGGUCUUUAAAGUCGCCCCAAACUACGUCUUGGUGGAGUUAGCUAGGGGCGUGGUUGGAUACGCCUACAUAACUGAUGCUUUAAAUGACUAUGACGAUAAAUUGGAAGAGGUAUACAAGGUGAAUUCUGCAGUGAUUGCCACAGUGGAGGAAAUUGAUGCCAAACAAGGCAAAAUCUUCGUGAGUUUAAGAAACGAAGAGAUCGCUCGAGAUAAGCCAGUUAACUCCUUGGAAGAGAUCAAACGGGGAGACCUUGUCAAGGGAUUCAUCAAAUCUAUCAGGAACAAUGGCCUCUACAUAUCUUUGGGAAGAGAGAUUUUCGCUUUGGUCCGCGUGGCAGAUAUCUCCGAUGCAUACUUGGCAGAUUGGAAGAAAUUUUUCAAAGUUAACCAAGCUGUUUCUGGAAAAAUAUCGCAGUGCAAAGCUGAGGGUCGUAUCCUCAUGACUCUCAAGGAGAGCGAGGUGAAUGGUGAUUUAUCCACAUUCAAGACUUUUGAGGAGUUGCAAGUCGGAGAAAGGUAUGAUGGUUCGGUUCGGAAAGUUGCAGAGUUUGGUGUUUUUGUCAAACUAGAUGGUACAUCAAACGUCAGUGGUUUAUGUCAUCGAUCUGAAAUCGCCGAUACCCCUGUGGAAAAUGUUCUUGCGCUCUUUGGAGAGGGCGAUCGUGUGAAGGUCAAGAUUCUCAAGAUUGAUAGCGACAAGAAGCAAUUAUCGCUCGGAAUGAAGGCGUCCUAUUUCUCGGAUGAGCUUGAAAACACCUCCGGCGACGAAACUGGCGCGCAAUCUGAUAACGAUGUCAUCGAAAACGCAUUUAAUGAGGACUCCAACGUUGAAGGCAGCGACGAUGAAGAUGAACUGGAUGAAUCAGAUGACGAAAGCGACAAAAAAACAGCUUCUUCAGGGCAAACAGGCUUGUCCUCUAACGGCUUUGACUGGACAGCAUCAAUUCUAGAUCAAGCUGAGGAUGACGAUACUUCAUCUGACGAGGAGGAAGAUUUUACUGAGGCUCACAAGAAAAAGAAGAGGAAGUCUAAGAAGCAGGUGGAAGAUAAAACCGGUGAAAUGAACUCCAGAGCACCUCAAUCUGUUGCUGAUUUCGAACGCUUGCUCAUUGGAAACCCAGACUCAUCAGUACUUUGGAUGAAUUACAUGUCCUUCCAAUUACAGCUUGGUGAAGUUGACAAGUCUCGUGAAAUCGCUGAGCGUGCUCUCAAGACCAUCAAUUAUCGCGAGGAACAGGAAAAAAUGAACAUCUGGAUUGCAAUUCUAAACUUAGAAAACAGUUUCGGUAGCGACGAAUCUCUCGACGAGGCCUUCAAACGUGCUACUCAAUACAUGGAUUCGUUGACUAUGCAUCAAAAGCUUGUUGGUAUAUUUGUGUUGUCUGAAAAAUUCGACAAGGCGAACAAACUUUACAAGUCUAUGUUGAAAAAGUUUGGCAAGGAAACAUCUGUUUGGGUUCAAUACGGCUCCUACCUCAUGGACAGAGGAGAGGGAGAAACUGCUCAUGAGACCCUCGCCCGUGCAUUACAAGCAUUACCCAAGAGAAGUCAUAUAGAGGUCGUCAGAAAGUUUGCUCAAUUGGAGUUCGCCAAAGGUGAUGCGGAGCAAGGUAGAAGUUUGUUUGAAGGUUUGGUGACUGAUGCCCCUAAAAGGAUCGAUUUGUGGAACGUAUACAUCGAUCAGGAGAUUAAACACAACAACAAAGAGCAUGUACAAGACUUAUUCGAAAGAGUUUUAAAUGUUAAGCUUUCCAGAAAGCAAGCUAAAUUCUUCUUCGCCAAAUGGCUCAGGUUUGAAGAAGAAAACGGAAACGAACAAUCUGUUGCUCGGGUCAAGGCCCUUGCGGUCGAGUACGUCCAAACUCACUCAAAGGACGAGUACGAGGAAGAAAAGAACUAA